GAUCGUCGUGCGGGGCUCUGGGCCUGUGACAGUUAAACCAGCAUGCCAUAAUUUUCUCCAGAAGACAGCAUUUGGGAGACUUUUCCCAGGAAAUCUCUCUUAGAUCCAAACAAUACUUAUGGCGACUAGAAUUUUUUCUCUGCAAUUCCUUCGCCUCCUCAUGAUCGCAUCUGUAUUCUUUAAACCUUCUAGCUCCUCCAUAAGUUCGCCUAGUUCCAUCAUCAAUCCUUCGAAAGUUAAACAAGUUUCAUGGAAGCCAAGGGCGUUUGUGUACGAAGGUUUCCUUACGGACUUAGAAUGCGAUCACUUGAUCUCUCUAGCGAAAUCGGAGCUCAAGAGAUCUGCGGUUGCGGAUAAUGUGAGUGGAAAGAGUAAGUUAAGUGAAGUUCGUACAAGUUCCGGGAUGUUUAUCCGCAAAGCCAAGGUUGCUUCUUUAAUUUAUCUUGUUUAAAGAAUCUUAUCUUUCCCUUUUUUGUUUUUGGUAUUUUUUAAGUGUAGUUUGAUUUCCUUGCCAUUAUUUGAUAUGUUAUAGUCGUUGAAAGUUUAAAGCUUCGUCUAAUAAUCUCUUUCGGUGGAAAUAACUUGAGAUACAAGGGAGUUCUCCUCUGAUGUACAUAUGUUGGCUGCUAAAAAUAAAAUCCUUGUUUUAUAUUCUAUUUGCGUAUUUUCUUUGGAAGAAAUUGUAAAACUGUAAAGGAAAUAGUAAAAGCAUUAAGGUACAAUCUUAUCAGAUGCAAUGAUAUAUUAUGCUUUUUUUUUUAUAUCUUUUAUGCUGCUGAGCUUGACUAAGUAGCUCUGUCAUGAUCCUUAGGAUUGUACUCUAGAUUACAGGUGGAGUCUAAAGGAAAUAGUCAAAGCAUUAAGGUAGACAAUCUUAUCAGAUGCAAUGAUAUAUUAUGCUUUCUUUUGAUAUCUUCUAUGCUGCUGAGCUUGAUUAAGUAGUUCUGUCAUGAUCCUUAGGAUUGUACUUUAGAUUACAGGUGGAGUCUGAAGGAAAUAGUCAAAGCAUUAAGUUAGACGAUCUUAUCAGAUGCAAUGAUAUAUUAUUCUUUCUUUUGAUAUCUUUUAUGCUGCUGAGCUUGAUUAAGUAGCUCUGUCAUGAUCCUUAGGAUUGUACUCUAGAUUACAGGUGGAGUCUAAAGGAAAUAGUCAAAGCAUUAAGGUAGACAAUCUUAUUAGAUGCAAUGAUAUAUUAUGCUUUCUUUUGAUAUCUUUUAUGCUGCUGAGCUUGAUUAAGUAGCUCUGUCAUGAUCCUUAUGAUUGUACUCUAGAUUACAGGUGGAGUCUCUAGAAUUUUGCAUUCAUUAGCUUUCUGCCAAGGAAGGAUGCCAUUUGAAAAGUUCGUCACGUUCAAAUGAAUAUUUGCUGGAUCUAAUUUUUCUUCUCUACCAAAUAUCAUUUUAGCAUAUUAUGAUAGUAGCAUUUGUAAUUUUCAAUUUAGCAACAAAUUUUUGCCUUCUACAGACUCAGUUGUUGGAUGAUUUGAGGAUAUAAGAAGCUUUUGAGAAGACACUGUAGUAUUAUAUGUAAACAAGAGAUUUGUAUAGGUAUGUAUAGGAACACGAGCAACAAGAAAAGAAAAUAACCAAAGAAGGCAAUACUAAGCCGCGUAAGAAAUAUUGACCUCUGUAGGACUAGUAAGAUAGAUAAAUAACUAUAGAUAAAAAGAUUCUUGCUCACCCUCAAGCUAGAGCAUAUGAAUUUGAUUUUCAAAGUUUGUUAUAAUGAACUUAAGUUACUGAACUGUAGCAUCUCUCAAGGAUUUUGUUGACAAAUAAGCUAGUCAGUCUGCUAACUUACAUGUAUAGUAACUAUAGUUGAAACCACAUUUUGUAAGAGCUUUUCUUCUAAUAAAAUGACAGUUAUCCUCACUCUGUUUAGUACUCUCACGGAGAACUGAGUUUUAAUUAAUGUUGCUCGCUACCUGGCAUUGCAUAGUAACUCUAUGAGUUGUGAUUGUGAUUGUGCAAACCCAAGUUCAUGGAGGAAAUAUUUAGCGAAAUCUCAGAAGAAAUAUUAGCCAUAGACCUGUCAACACUAGAUUUGAUCUCACAACUUUAGUCUUACUUUUUCAAGACGCGAUAUUACCACUGACUAAGUAAAAUACCCUGUAGUAGAUUUUCAAUUAGAAGUGAAUCCAGCUCAAUCGAGAUCUGUAUACCUCUAAAUUAAGGUGUGUCAGUGGCUCGUUCAGAGUUACGUGCGGCAUUGUGGACCUCUUAGACACCUCACAAUUCAAAGAGACACAGCUACAAAGAGUGUACUUAACUUAAUAUGUAUAACUUCAAAA